AUGUCUGACAUGAGCGCAAAAGUCGCCGAGACCAAGGCGGGCUUCCACGUCGAGGGUUACGAGAAGAUAGAAUAUGACUUCACCUUCCUCGACGGGAUUUUCGACAAGCCCAACAGCCAGCUCGCCGAUUGCUACACUCGCUGGAAGCGAUGCCUUGCUGUCAUGGACUUGAACAUCUUCAACGUCUACGGGAAGCAGAUGCAGGAGUACUUUGACCACCACAAUAUCGAGUUGAAGAUUCACAAGACCAUGAUCGGGGAGAAGGCCAAAUCUAUGGAUACUCUUCUGAGUAUCGUCGACUCAAUGACAGAGUUUGGCAUUUUCAGAAAGGAGCCUGUACUCGUCGUUGGUGGUGGGCUGGUUACAGACGUUGCCGGAUUCGCCUGUGCCGCAUACCGCAGAAAUACGAACUACAUCCGUAUUCCGACAACUGUAAUCGGCCUGAUCGACGCUUCUGUCUCUAUCAAGGUGGCGGUCAACUAUGGUAACUACAAGAACCGACUGGGGGCUUACCACGCACCUAUCCACACCUUCCUCGAUUUUGGGUUCCUUCGCACUCUUCCCGAGGCUCAGAUCAGGAAUGGUUUCGCUGAACUGAUCAAAAUCUCGACCUGCGCUCAUCUUGAGACGUUCAACCUCCUGGACAAGUAUUGUGAAGAGCUUAUCGGAACUGGUUUUGGUCGCGCGGAUGGCGCAUCCGCGGAAGUUAGGUCGGCAGCGGACAAGAUCAACCGUGCAGGCAUCUAUGAGAUGCUGAAGCUGGAGACGCCGAAUCUGCAUGAGAUCGGCCUGGACAGGGUGAUUGCAUAUGGCCAUACGUGGUCACCUCUCCAUGAGCUUGUCCCCGACGUGCCUUUGCGUCACGGCCAUGCCAUUUCGAUUGACAUGGCAUACUCAGCCACACUUGCAAACAUGCGGGGACAGCUGAGCGACGAGGAGCACCGUCUUAUCCUAAACCUAUUCUCUCGUGCCGGCCUUUCCAUGGACCAUGCACAGUUUGACGAGGACAUCCUAGACAAGGGCACCAAAGCCAUUCUCAAGACUAGAGACGGGUUGCUACGUGCAGCCGUUCCCAGUCCUUUGGGCAGCUGCGUCUUUUUGAACGACGUGUCGUCUGAGGAGAUGGUUAAGGCAUUGCAUCUGCACAAGCAGCUAAUGAAGGAAUACCCCCGUGAGGGGGCUGGAAUCGAGGCGUUUGUGGACUCGAGCGACACAGGAUACACUGUCAAUGGCGAAUCGGUGGAGGCCAAGGCCAAUGGCCCGUCGAUGCUCAAGAAAGCCGUCAUGAGCGACGACGCGGCCGACGGUGUGCCCAACGGCGGUCCCGUGCAGUCGUCGAUAAAAUUUGCGUCGGGGCCGGAGGGAGUGGACGGACCCAACGGUUACGUCGAAGGGGCCAACGGCUACAGCAACGGCGUGCAUUAGGUGUUUAAGGGUGGGAAAAAGCAGCAUAAAAAGUAGAUGAGCA